AAGUGGAAAAGGUAUGUGAGUUGCUCAUGAGCAUCAAAGAAGAUUUAUUAUCCUCGGCCUGAAAUUUUGUUUAGAAAAGAAGCACAAAGUAGUUCCCUUCCAGACCAAACAUCCAUGGUCAUAGAUUUUGGGUGUUCUGGAAGAAGACUGCACGUGUUCCCUCUCCUCCAUGCUCGUGGCUUGACCCAGAGGGCAAGAAGAAAUAAUGGUGAUGACACCCGAUAGGACUGGGGUGCUCAUGCCCUUCCAUUGCUAAACCCCAGCUACUGCCCCUUAGUUUCCUUUUGCUGUGGUCCUGAGUUUUUUGUUGGGGAUUUUUUCCCCGUCCUGAUGAGGGCACCACUGCAGACCAUGCUGUGCCUGGGGUUGUGGGCAGCUGCUCUGCUCUUCUUGUUUUCCCCUGGCACUGUACGAGGUGACUGCUGGCUGAUUGAGGGGGACAAAGGUUACGUGUGGCUGGCUAUCUGCAGCCAGAACCAGCCUCCAUAUGAGACAAUCCCCCAACAUAUCAACAGUACGGUGCAUGACUUGCGUCUGAACGAGAAUAAGCUCAAAGUGGUGCUGUACUCCUCCCUCAACCGCUUCGGCAACCUGACUGAUUUGAACCUGACCAAGAAUGAGAUCUCCUACAUUGAGGAUGGGGCUUUCAUGGGCCAGUCAAACCUCCAGGUUUUACAGCUGGGCUACAACAAACUCACUAACCUGACAGAGGGCAUGUUGCGGGGCAUGGCCCGUCUCCAGUUCCUCUUUGUGCAGCACAACCUAAUUGAGCUGGUCACCCCUACUGCCUUCAAUGAAUGCCCCAGCUUGAUUAGCAUUGACCUGUCAUCUAACCGUCUCAGCCGUCUGGAGGGGAACACUUUCACCAGCUUGAGCAAUCUGAUGGUGUGUGAGCUGGCUGGCAACCCCUUCAACUGUGACUGUAGCCUCUACAGCUUUCUUAACUGGCUGGCUCUCUUCAAUAAUGUCACCAAGAACUAUGACCGCCUCCAGUGUGAGACUCCACGGGAGUUUGCUGGGUAUCCGCUUCUGGUACCCCGUCCUCACCACAACCGCAAUGCCAUCACCAUCUUCCAGUCCAUGUGCAGAGGUGGCACCAUUCCCUCCCUCUCCAGGGUCAACCCCACUCCUUAUACCCCUGACUCCCAGCGAGACCUGGAUGAGGGCUCAGCCAUCAGCCCUGGGGACUUCCUCUCCGUCAAGCCUCCAGCCUCCUCCACCACUGACUCCUCAUUCAGUCCCAGCAUCAAGCUACAUGACGUCACCAUCACUUCAGCCAUUCUGAUGGUAACCAUCCCCAUGCCCUACAGUAAGAUGUAUGUGCUGGUCCAAUACAACAACAGCUACGUUUCUGACAUAGCAACACUGAAGAGCAAGAAGGAAUAUGUCACUGUCAACAAGCUGAAGGCCCACACUGAUUAUACAUUCUGUGUGGCCUCUAUCCGCAACAACAGGCGUUACAACCAUACUUGUCUGACCUUUGCAACCCGAAGCAAAGGCAGGGAGGACCCUAUUUCCAGUACUUCCACCACCACACACUAUAUCAUGACCACCCUGGGUUGCCUCUUUGGGAUGGUCAUUGUCCUGGGGGUGGUGUACUACUGCCUGCGAAAGCGGAGGAUGCAGGAGGAGAAACAGAAGUCCCUCAAUGUCAAAAAGACCAUUCUGGAAAUGCGUUAUGGAUCAGAUAUUGAUACCAGUACCAUGGUCCAUCCUUCCCAGAAGCUGGGUGAGCCACCUGUCAUUCCUGUCUCACGGAUGUCCUCCAUCCCUUCCAUGAUUGGGGAGAAGUUGCCCCCAUCAAAGUCAAUAGAAACUGGGAUGGAGACUCCUAAAGUCACUACUAAAGGUAACUACAUUGAGGUGCGAACUGGUGGUGGGGAUGGGCUGGAGAGAGCCCAGCGGGAUGAGGACCUGAGGGAGCUUGACAAUGGGCAAGGCUCAGCUGCUGAGAUCUCUACUAUAGCCAAGGAGGUAGACAAGGUCAACCAGAUCAUCAACAACUGUAUUGAUGCCCUCAAGCUGGACACAGCGUCCUUCCUGGGUGGCGGGACUGGUGUUGACUCAGAUAUGGCCUUUGAGUGCCAGUCCAUCCCAGCUGGUUCCUCAAGUGGGCUAGAGCGGCCCAGCUUCCUUUCCCCACCCUACAAGGAAAGCUCCCACCACCCCUUGCAGCGCCAGCUUAGUGCUGAUGCUGCUGUGGCCAGAAAGACCUGCAGUGUCUCCUCUAGUGGUUCCAUCAAGAGCGCUAAGGUCUUCAGCUUGGAUGUGCCUGACCACCCACCACUCAGCAAGUCUGACUCCAAAUACAUUGAGAAGGGCAGCCCACUUAACAGCCCUUUGGAUCGUCUUCCCUUGGUGUCUCCGAGCGCCAUCCACCACUUGGAGGUCAAGCCUUCUUACCAUUGUAGUGAGCACCGUCACUCCUUCCCGGCCCUGUACUAUGAGGAAAGUGCUGACACCCUGAGCCAGCGGGUGUCAUUUCUCAAGCCACUGUCCCGGUCCAAGCGAGACUCAACAUACUCCCAGCUCUCCCCCAGACACUACUUCUCAGGCUACUCCUCCAGCCCUGAGUAUUCAUCAGAGAGCACCCACAAGAUCUGGGAACGAUUCCGGCCUUACAAGAAGCAUCACAGGGAGGAGGUUUACAUGGCAGCUGGGCAUGCCCUGAGGAAGAAGGUUCAAUUUGCCAAGGACGAGGAUCUGCAUGACAUCCUGGAUUACUGGAAAGGAGUCUCUGCUCAGCAGAAGCUGUGACUCUUCCUCACAAGGAAACAAUACAAACCAAGACCCCCCUCCAAGAAGCAGAAAAAUAAGCCACUUGACUGUGAAAAAUAAACCAACAGCAAAAUACUCCUGACAAAUACAAAACUGACAAAAUCUUUUCUUAAAGUUUACAAGAACAACAGAAAACUCUCUCACACACAGACACACACACACACACACACGCCAAAUUGUCUCUACUGUGUUAUGGGGACCAUUGUUCUGCCUGCAGAUGGUUGGGAGGAGCGUCCUGCUCUAACACUGUGGUAACAAUACUGGAGUGUGAGUGGGUGGGAAUGGCCUGGGAGUGGGUGGUGGUGGUGGCAGGGGAAGGGCAGGAAUGGACACUCACUGGGCACGAAACUCAGCUGAGAACUAUUCCUCUUUCUGUUCCUGUUGUGGGCUGAUUUUUGCUUUUGGGUAGGAGGGCAGGACUUUGGUUUAGAAAGCUUCCCUGUCUACCUGAUACGCCUGCUAUUCCAAAUCUUCCAUCACUAACUUUUCCCUCAUUUUCUUCAGCAGUGGAGGCUUUUCUCUCUCUCCUAUCCCCUUCCAAGACAGGUGGAAUUUUUUGGAAGAAGUUCUCUCACUCUUUUUCCUUUGACCUUUCCUACCCCUCUCUAUUAAGGCUCCCUAGGCUUGCACUUUCUGUCUAGGUACUUCAUGAGCCUCCAUCCUCCUCAGAGGAAGGAGAGGACAUGUGAAGGAACAAGGGAGGUAGGACCUACCAUAUAAUAGGCUCUGUGCCCUUGCGUUCCUCCUCCUUCCCUUCUCAUGCCAUGUUGCUGCUGUUGAACACCAGCAAUUCUGGAGUGACAGGUAUUCUCCAGGCCUGCUCAGAGCCAGUUUUCUGCUAGUUGGUGGGGGGGAAAGGGUUAUGAAUGUUCUCUUCAUUAUGGCAAGCCAGCUCCUCAAGGAGUGGUGGAGGAAAAUGUAGGAAGGUCUGGUCUCUCAGAGAUAUAAAAGGUUCCCAUCUCUCCAUGAAUGUCACAGGUCAGAGAUGCUCCCCACCAUACACACCUAUGCUCAGGCUACCCUUGUGCAGUAAGUUUAAUACUCUCUGUUCCUGUCCCCCUUACUAUGAGGAAGGGACCUGGAGAGGAGCUCAGCAGAACAAGUUCUACAUGAAGUUUCUGCAGCUCUUCCCAACUGACUUGCACCAUGGGCUCUGGGGUGGGUGGGUAGGUGUGCAUGAGAAGAGCAUCACCCAACCUCCUCACUUCCUCGUGGAUGUGAAGAAUAGGAUUUCAGUUGCUCACCUAACUGGGCUGGCCUCACAGAAAGUCUUCCUCUUAGGCCAUGGACAUCCUGGCAUGGAUAGGAGACAGCCUAGGGUGAAGACAAGGGCACAGGAAACAAAUGAGAUGUGAGAAUAAGGCCUGGGUGUAGCCCCAGAAAGAUGGCCCUGGUAGAAGCUCCCUGUGUGUUCAGCCACACUUUGUGUGCCAGGAUAGAAGAGGACACCAGCCUCUGGUGGAUGGCAGUGUUGCUUUGACUGCUUAGAGGCCCUCAUGAGAGUCAGAGUAACAUACCACUUCCUAACUUCUCCACUUCCUCACAGUUAGGUGUUACAAACUUUUCUUAGGGAUCCUUUCGCAUCUUGGCAAAACCCCAGUUUCACUUGUUAGGUCCCAGCCUCUGUCCCUUGGAUAGAAGAUCUGCUACAGAGUUGGAAAUGAGCAUCAUACUGCCCUCUCUACCUAGUCCCAUUUCUAAGCAGCCCAAGAAAGCACAAUCUUGGCACCAUCUCCCCCAAAGUUUUGUUGUCAGGCAGGGGUGCUGCCUGUUAAGCAUGUCUUUAUGCAGCACAGCGGGCCUCCUCUCCAUGAUCUGCCCUACACCUGACAGUUGUUCACCUCUAUCCAGAUAAGGAUGAGGACCUCUCCUGUGUUGGCCCUCCCUAAGUGGUUAUUUCCUCUUUGAGGUGCUCCUCAGAAGCCCCAGUGUUUUUGGGGGCCUGGGAGAAGAAUGAGGGUGUAGGAGCUUCUCUGGGAGGGAUUUACAUGCUGUGUACAGAGAACUUACCUGUUAUCUGUCAGGUAGUAGCACUGCCAGCUGUGACAGCUGGUUUCUAUGCCACUGGUGAUAUAAUUUUGCCUUCUGUAAGUGAGGAACAGCAGAGACUCCUUUUCAGUAAUACAGGAUGUCAUGCAGAUCCUGAUGCGGAAAACCAGAGGGGGUAUCCCAAAAGUCAAAACAUGUGAAGAUCUGUGGUGUUUCUUCUUUGUAGGGAUGCUGAUGGUAACAAUCCUAAGCCAGGUCCUGAUCCCAUUGCCUCAGACUCCUUCACUGUCAGCCUGCUUCCUCACAGUAAAAGCAUCAUUUUGCCUUGAGUCCAGAGGUGUCCAUGGUACUGACUCCACACAGUAAGAGCCAGUCCAACCCAGAGGAAAGGGUGUGAGUGCACACGUAUGUGUGUCUGUGUGUGUGUGCAGAAGGAUGAAGGGAAGUCACAAAUGGAAGUCACGUCACUGCUGCCAGGUGUCCCUCCAUGUUGGGAUCAUGCAGCAAAUCAAGACAGGUAAAUGCUGUGAGAGGUGCUUAGGCACAGCAGAGCCUCUUCAUCUACCACUUGGAGCAAGCCCAGUGGUCUUCCAGCAUGGUAACCAUCCAAGCAGAAAAGACUAUUGGUUAGGGCACAGAACUGGACAGGAAAAGGAGGAUGGCAGGCAAGGGGGGAUGGAGUCUUGUUCCUCUCCCCACCUCUUCCCUCCCUAUGCUUCUCUGCUGAAUGGUCUUGUAAACAGUUCUGCUCAAUCAAUACUUUAGGGAGGAGCAUUGACCUGUAAAGGUUUCUGCUCCCUCUCCCUACCACCUCAACGAGGCAGAAAAGAAAGGUCAGGGAUACAGCUAUCAUCAAUCCCUUCUUUUUCCUGUGGUAGGGGUGAGGCUGGAUAGGGGGGACAAGCCAUUUCUCUCCCAGUUGUAGCGCCCCACUCCAAACCAGUGGAUGAAGUUUGCACAAGAUGGACUGUUCUGUGGGAGGAAGAGGGCAAGGAAGGGAAACAAAGUGUCUCACCUUCCUUCCUCCUCCCUUCUUCUUUGUCCUGCUCCCUCCCCAGGGACGAGGGCUCACAAAGUGAUGCCAGUCCUGUCGGAGGAAAGCAGAUUUAACGUUCUAUUUGCAUGAUGAUUUUACUGUAUUUUUCUGAGCAAACACCUGUUGUGUAUGUGCCAGUUUGUUGGAAUUUAACCUCCUUCCUCAAAGUCUCUCCUGUCCUUGUCCCUGUUUUCCCUGCUCCUUUCAUUCAUCCCUGAUGUGAUUUUAUGAGACGCUCCUAUCAGUUUGGGAGGGAACAUGCUCCAAAGAGAACCCAACCCAAUCAGCCCCAUAAAACCUUUUCCUUCUUCUUUCCGGGGUCUCCCUCCCCUUGCCCCAAAUGUGGUUUCUCAGCUGCUUUUCAGGGUCAUGUGCAUAAAGGGGGAUGUGUUAUAUACACCAAAGGCCUGCUCUUUCUAGUGGCCAUCUUUUCUCCUAGUUGUUGAGAAACAGGAGUGAGGCCCAUCAAGAUAGAUCUCAUAAGAGAAUCGCCAUCCCUGUGCCCUGGUUGUUCUUUCCUGAAAUCUACAAGCAAGGUUAUUCUUGGGGGAAACAAGGAAUGCUUCAGCUGCAGGAAAACCUCUGAUACGGUAAAAACUUGAUGUGGAGCUGGUUACAAUCACUUAGAAGACCUUCCACCACCUUCCUCUCAUUGAUUGCAUGGAGCUCUGCAUUAAGUUUGCCCUACCCAUUCUCUGCCCUGGUUGGCCCUGGCAGAGAACAGGGCAUGAUGAAACCUGAAAAGCCUCUUUGUUGGGAAAAAGUGUGGAGAGACUGUCUGAAGUUUCUAAGCCCUCUAUGGCUUGGCUUUGGCAAAUCUCUCAAUGCUGCCUUCUCCCAAGGCAAAGUGGAUUUCUGGGGAAGAACCAGGACUAGACUCUUUCACACUUUAUUUCUGGCUUGAUGACUCUUGGCAGGGACAACAGGGGUUUAGUUCACCUCACUGGAAAUUGUGAAGGGUGAGGAAUGAGGUUGGGUGCAGACCUGCCCUCUACCCCCAAGAAAAGCCUUGGGGGGAAGACUUGGCUUGGAUCCUGCAUCCAGAAGAGCGAAGGUGAGACCUUAGGUGUGCUGUUCUCAUGGGGCAGAGCUCUUUCCCAUACCUGAUGUUGCUGCCCCAGCUUAUGCUGUGGUGCCAUGUUCCCUUCUCCCCCUCCCCACUCUUUCAUACUGAAUAAAUCCCUCUCGAGGCAGGUGUGAAAUAUUCAUGACUGACAAAUGAAGAAUUAUGUCGGGCUGAGGAGGCCUCUGUGUGUUUGCAAUGCUAAUCAGCCUGCCUUCCUGGAGGAGGCUCUUCCUGGCAGGCUUGAGGGAAGAAGCAGAAGAUGCAGGAGGGAAGGUGGAAAAGGAGCUGAGAAAGAGAGGAGUGGCAGAUGCAGCAGGGAUGAAGAAGGUGUGGUGAGACCAAGGAGUGGGGAGGCAAGGAGGAACAGGUAGAGGGAAAUGGAGAAGGUGGAGAAGAGGGACAGGCUGGAAAGACCCAGGGAAGAGAUGGCCGCAGUGGAAAGAAUGGGAUGGUAAAGGGACUAGUGAGGACAAAGGGACAACUAGGGUUCAGCACAGGGGUUGAGGCUCUCUGAGAGAAGGUGGGGAGUUAGUCAGCAGUGCCUGGAGAAAGAAAUCUGGGCGGACUUCUUGAUGAGCUGUGACCCCUCUCUGUAGGGCAGAGCUCAGUGCUACAGGGUGGGCAGCUGCCACACAUGCAGGAGCUGGACCCAGAGCCCCAAAAGCACAUUUGCCAUGCUUGUUGCUGACAGGAAAGCUCAGCUGCAUCGGGAAGGACACACAGUCUCCAGGAGUUUAGAGAAUGUCCCUUCAACCACCACCACCGCCUUCAGCACAAGCCGCAGGCAAGAAGAGCUGAUGGAGCCAUGUCCUCUUCCUGGAGCCAGCUUGCUGCUGUCCCACCAUCUGAGCAGGAGGGAGCAUUCUCAGGGUGGCUCAGUGUGAGACAAACACUCUGUGCCACCCCCCACUGGGCUACAGAGGUAUCUUGUAGGGCUGGCAGAGCCUGGCCCACCUCAGCCACCCACUGCCCACGCUGUAUGAGACAGAUGGUUUUGGGUCCUUCCCCGAAGGAAGGGGAAGGGGGAGUGUCUGUUUUGUCCCCCCUACACACGCACGCACUCCCAACCCUGUCCUUCCAGCUUUGGCCUUGUACUGUGAGGGGUGUUCUUGGUCUGUAUCCCCUUGACUGCCCCCGGUGUGUGCCCUGGAGAGGUGUCUCCAUACCUCUCCCUGCACCAUCCCACCAGGGCAGCUCUCUGCAGGGCUGCCCCAACCCAUCCCCAGUCCCUGGGCGGAGAUAGGGCAUUCUCUGCCCAGCUUCUCCUUCUCCCACUUCUCCCACUCCCUCUCCUCCCUGCCCCACCAGGCUUAAGUCCACCUUUUCCCCCAUUACAAUCCCCCUCUGUAUGCCCCAUCCUCUCGCGUUCGGCUUGGCCUUUGCCUCCCCCAUAAUUACCACCGCCACUGUGAGGCCUUGCUCUUGGGUGGCCUGUCCCCACCGCCUGCUCUCCAUCUUCCCCAUGGGGAGGAGGAAGGAGAGUCCAUCCGGGUCAGGCCAGACCCUCCAGGGCUGGUACGGCUGGUCCAUCCACAAGC